CCGGCUCCCCACCUGCCCCCUCUCUGCGUCUCCUGCAGAAACAGGGAAGAUGGCAAGCCCGGGCUCCUCCUCCUCCUCCUCCAGGAGUGGCCGGCGGGUGGAGGACGCCCCGGCCGUCGGGCUGGACCCGCUCGUGUAUCUCCCGCCGGACAUGCUCGACAACGUGCUCGCCCGGCUCCCCUUCGAGCAGUUGGUCCGCACCUCCGGCCUCUCCCGCGGCUGGCGCCGCCGCUGGGAGUCCGUCGCCGGCCUCGACAUCUGGUUCAGCCCUGGCGUCUCCCCCAAGCCCAGCAUCGGCGCCCUGAAGCGCUGCGCCGCGCCCGUCCUCAGCUUCACCGCCCGCGUCCUCCCUCCCCACUUCCACUGCGCCGACGGCUGGCUCCGCGCCCUGCGGGGCAAGCGCGUCGCGAAGCUCGCCGUCGAGCUUUUCGACCCCAGGGCGCGCUUCCUGGGCGACGUCGACGGCGCCUCCCUCCCCGCCAUCUUCCUCCACCGCGAGCUCGUACACCUCGACCUCGCGGGCUGCUGCUCCAUCCCGCAAGUCCCGCGGGGCUUCGGGGGCUUCCCCAACCUCGUCACGCUCUCCCUCAACCAUGUCCGCCUCCCUUUCUUCGGCGGCGGGGCGCACCUCCAGUACCUCAUCUCCUCCGCGCCCAACCUCGCGGAGCUCUCGUUGAUCGACGUGGAUCAGGAGGAGAGACGGUCUCAGGUCGUUCGGUGCGACAUCCGGGCGCCCAAGCUCCGCGUCCUCAAGCUCGUCAUGCUGAACGACAACGACAACGGCUGCGAGGUUGCGGAAGACCUCCCGAUGCUGGAGGAGGCGGUCAUCUCCGCCGAUUGCCUGCUCGAGACUGACGAAUUCGUCACUACUUUCCAAAGGAUUGCUACUGUCAACAAGCUUACCUUCCGCACCGACUCAAGAAAGUGUAAUCAAGAUCCACUGCGAGUGAUUUCAUGGAAGUUUCAGAACUUGAAGGUAGCAACCUUGAGUGCAAAUUUUGGCAAACUCUCAAGCAUUAUGUCGAUAUUUUCUCUACUGAGAUGUGCUCCUUACAUUGAAAAGCUUGAAAUUGAGGUAGAAAAAACAUACAUCCAGGCUGACGAAGAUGAUGAAAAUUUUGAUCCUGAGACAUAUGAUGAUGAGGUGUAUGAUUUUCUUUCCCACCUAGAUAUGGUUGUGGAUGAAAUUGAUGAACAACUUCUGAAUGAGAAGGCCAGUGAUGACUUGUUUGUUAGUCUCAAACAUGUGUCCCUGCAUGGUAUCAAGGGCUACAUGCGAAACGAUAUCUGCUUCAUGAAGUUUCUGCUAUCCAAAACAGGCUCUCUUGAAUCUUUUGAUGUCACUUUACGCUCUGAAUUCAGGAAGGAAACUGCAUGUGUGGAGUUAGCGACGUGCAGCAGGGCAUCACCUCAAGCUAAGAUCAGUGUUAGGCUUCUAAACAAGCCAACCCCAGAACCAGAUGAGUCUUGAGUUCAAACCUCUUAUCCUUCCCAUAUUUGUGAUUGAUUCCAGAAUUGCUUCAGAUUAACAGCUCAUCGCCAAAUUAUGGUACAUUUUUAUAUUGGUUACUAGAGUCAACAAAGAAUGCUGGAAUAUUGGUUACUAGUAGCAGCAGUUGUCAUCAUGUCUGAACUGAUGUUUUUUAAAUCGUAUGAUGUAUUUUACCAGUUUUAUCCUGAGCGAGUAAAAGUAUUCUGGCGCCAGCACUCGGUCAAGUUUAUAGAAUAAUAAAUGUACUGUACUUAGCUUUCGACAGAGUUGUUGUUUGAUUACUUGAGUUUCCGCUGA